AUUUUACAUUCGCACGUGUUUUCAGAUUGUCUUGUAUAGCGCAGAUCGUGUCGACCCACGUUGAUAUGCGGUAUUGUGAAUAUAGGAAAACGUUAGAAGCUUAGUGCUGCAUUUUCAAGGAGCACAGGGGAUACAUUAUUGAGGUGAGCUUUUCAGGUUCUAUACCAUAUACCAGAAGAUAUCAGAAAAAUAAGACCAUGGACGGGUCACCUGAACAGAAGAAAAUAAAGAAGACUAAGAAGCUCAGCAAAACAAUUGGAGCUCAAAAGCUAAGCAAAGAAGCCAUCUUAAAUCGGAUGUCGAGUGGGAAGAAACGCCCAAAGAGUGAAACGAAAAUCAAGAAAGACCGCAUGAAAACCCCUUCCAAAGAAGAUUUGGUUGCUAAGAAGCUUCUUCUCUUUCAGGAUGGCAGUGACGACGAUAAUGACGUGGACAGAGACACGCGCCAGAGUCCUGUGAAGACUAAGACUCGUACAAAGAAUGGAGGUGAUGUCGCUGUAAAGAAAGGCAGCUCUUCCAAGAAACUGCAAAGUUCGACGUCAAAGUGGAAGGUAUCAGAAGGAACACCAAGCAUCGCUAAACAAAAACCUGUCAAAAAUGUGGAUGCGAAGGAAACAAAGUCUGGAAAGAAAAAGAAGGCAACUGAUAAAAAGGUUGAAGAAGAAGAAGACGAUGAUGAGGAUGUAGAGAUUGAUUUUCCUGUCUUGAAGAGGAAAUCCUUGGGCUUGGGAGAAUUCAAGGCCACACUGGCUAAUCAGAAAUCUCCUGAAAAGGAAACCCAAGUUUCGAAGGAAGUCUCGGAAAAUGGACAAAGCAAAAAGAAGAAGAAGAAAAAUGCUCCGGAUGAAACGUCAAAAGAGGAACCCAGCAAGGAAAGUGCUGAUCAGAUCACGGGAGAAGAUAAGGGAAAGAAAAGAAGGAAGAAGAAGAGGGGGAAGAAGAGGAAACGUUCCAAUAGCGAGUCAGACGAACCUCAGGCAAAGAAAGGAAAACCGGCUCGAGAAGGUUUUGCAGUGCGAUGUGGGAACCUACCUGUUGGCGUUAUGAAGGGUGCGCUCCGAAUGUUCAUCGGAGAGUCAGACAUCUUCCCUUCCGAGAUCAUUUUCAAGAGGAAGAGGAAAGGGGUACCCGGAGAAAAGAAGCAAUCUUUAAAAUAUGCAACGGUGAUCUGUAAUACUUUGGAGGAAGCGGAGAGGCUUUGCAGACUCAAUGGAAUCAGCAUGCCCUCACCAGUUGGGAACAAGGAACGGAAGCUCCUCAUCCACAUGAUGAAUGAAAGUAGCGAUGCCUAUUUCAAAAAGAAGGUGUUUGUUGCCAACCUUCAUCCCAAGGUAACCGAAGAAGAAUUGCUGGCUUUCUUUGAAACGAGUGAUUGUAACCCGACCAAUGUCAUCCUUCGUAAGAAAGGAAGCGACACUAAAUCCAGAGGGUAUGGGUUUGUUUGGCUUACCUCUGCUGGAGAUGCCGACAAAGCUCUGAAGUUGAGAAAACCUACUCUGAGAGACCAAGUGAUGUCAAUUGCAAGGUCACAUCGACAUCCUGGAAUGCAGGAACCAUGAAUGACCAACUCUUCCAGACCUUCAGCCCUUAUGGACCCUACUCUUUGAGGCAUAAUGAUCUCCAUCACAUGGUCAUAGUGAACAUGACUGACCAACUCUUCCAAUCCUU